AUAUAGUUGACGAGGUCAGUAUCAUGGCUCGAUACAUGGUUGCCGCCGUGGCGGUAACGGACUUCCGCUCCCGUCUUCUAGAGUCGGUAUAACAUUCGUCUUCGCUUCUGAAAGCCGACACUCGUGGCCUUUCCCGACAGCGGAUUGUUGGAUUUCAAAAUCUGCAAGCAAUCAUAUCGGGCAGCUCAAAGUUGAUAUUAGGGGCGAUACUUGGCUUCUUACGUGCUCGAGUCGAUAAAGUCACCUCCCCCCCCCCACCAAAAGAGCCUUGUUACCUCUCUCGCUUUCAGCAACACGUCCGGGAGAGUGACAGUCUAGGCGCCACAGCCCUGCGGCAACUCCGUCCGCAGACAUGUGUGUUGCAACCUGGAGCUCCCCCCCAAGGCAAGCAAGGGUAUCUAUCAGUCGCGUUAUCAACGACGAUCUCGAAUCUUUCCAAAGCCAUCUGCCACUAGUACCCUACAAUCGACAUGUUUGGCCACAACGGGCGUCGUUGGGAAGUCGACUUCUCGGCGAGAUACUGCAAGCUGGCUCCGCCAGGUAUCCAUCCCAUCCCAUCCCAUCCAAUCCCCCUUUGGGAUCGCUUCGAGUACCUAUGGAGACGAUCUGCAUUCCCGCCCGUUCCCCGGUUGCAAACCUGCAAGUUGAGCCCCGUAGCAGUCCCAUCCGGCAACCCGAUAUCACAGAGUUGUAUCCGUAGUGUAGAGAAUGUCUGGUGGUCGCCUAUUGACCAAGCAUGGCGCCCUACCUACCCUCUCUCUGCUGCUGACGACGACGACGGCCGACCGCGUCCCAUGCCGCAACAUCCGGGUUACGAGGACGGCGUCACUGCGCGCGCGCCCCUCUGGGACGAAACGGGAGGAACCGGACCUGCUCCGUCAAUCUAGCCUAGUUCAAAGCUCGUCGGUGUCUAAGCAGCGUUGGCUUCACGAUGUCUUGGGCGUCCGUCCCGCGUUUGCAACC